AUGGGCCUGAGUAUCCGUUCGGAUGAUGUUAUGGAUCAGGGUGAGAGUGCUCGCCACGAAGGUCGCUUCGUGUUUGAGUGCAGCUGGGAGGUUGCGAACAAAGUGGGAGGUAUCUACACCGUGCUUCGUACAAAGGCACCAAUAUCCACGGAAGAACUCGGAGAUCAGUAUUGCAUGCUUGGACCAUAUAAUGAAGAUCGCGUUCGACUAGAGGUCGAAGUACUAGAACCGGACAAUGCAGCGAUGAAAUAUGCCCUAGAACAUGUUAGAGAUUGUGGUUUUAAGCUGUUAUAUGGACGUUGGCUCAUUGAUGGAUAUCCGAAAGUGAUACUAUUCGACAUAGGCUCAGCAGCUUGGAAAUUGGACCAAUGGAAGCAAGAAUUUGCUGAAGCAGUAUCAUCAAGUAAACCGCUUAUCGUUGGACAUUUUCACGAAUGGCAAUCAGCUGCCGGUCUUAUAAUGAGCAGGUUAUGGAAGCUGGACAUUUCUUUGGUGUUCACCACUCAUGCAACUGUUCUUGGACGUCAUCUCUGUGCCGGUGGUGUCGAUCUAUACAACAAUAUAUCUCGAAUUGAUGUGGAUCGUGAGGCUGGUGAAAGACAGAUUUACCAUCGUUACUGCAUUGAAAGAGCUGCUGUACACCUUGCGCACGUCUUCACUACCGUUAGUGAAAUCACUGGACUGGAAGCGGAGUAUCUUCUCGGUCGUAAGCCCGAUAUUCUCACUCCAAACGGUUUGAAUGUAGUGAAAUUCUCGGCGCUUCACGAAUUCCAGAAUCUACACGCGCUAGCUAAAGAGAAAAUCCACGAUUUCAUUCGAGGUCAUUUUUACGGAAAUCUCAGUUUUGACCUGGAUCGUACACUGUAUUUCUUCACUGCAGGACGUUAUGAAUUCACGAACAAAGGGGGAGAUGUUUUCAUCGAAGCACUGGCUCGUCUAAACUGUAAACUUCAGGUUCGCUUGCUUUUAUCAAAAAAUAAUGAACGCGUUGGCAAACGUCGGGAAGUAGUUGUGCUUACGAUGCUAAUAACGAAGUUGAAAAGGAGAAAGAAGUUCGUUUUCAAAUUAGCGUUGAGCAGUGAAUUUGUGGUUAGCGUGAACAACGAAUUGUGGAGGACUAAGCACUAG